AUGGCCUCAUACCUCGAGAUGGACCCGACCUAUAUGAUGGGAGACCAUAGUGGAUCUCUUCAUGAUACUCCAGCCCUUGGAGUACCUAUUCUUCCGCCGCACUCCGGUAACCAGGCAGGAAUUCCUCUAAUCUGUCAUUGUUGCGAGAAAAAAAAGAAGUCGCAGAGAUUCUCAGACUUAUCCCACCUGCUUACUCACGUUAGCUCCAAGGCACACUUAUUGGAACUCUACAACCUUCGCAUCCUCAGCCAAAGUGACCAAGACAGCGCUGAACGAUGCCAAAAGUUUGACGAAUGGAAUAAGAAAUGGGGGAUUGACCGACUGGUCUUGCAGCGCAUGGAAGCAAGAGGCGAGAAGGGUCUGCAGUCCCAACAACGGAACCGAACACCAAGAGGUGCAGCAUCGGGCAGGCCCGCCACACGUCGCAGCGGCCGUGCUCGUGGCCGUGGUGCCAACACCGGUUCCCGUGGUCGUGCUCGCAAUAUCCAAGAGACUCCCGACGUUAAAUACGAGUCGGAUGAAGCCACGAGCUUCGCGGGCGGUUUUGGUAGUCUAGAUGGAACCCCGAUGCAGCCAAUGCAACAAUGGACGAACGACUUCGAUACAAUGAUGUCUGGUGGGGCUCAAGAUGGUUCAAUGUCUCAGAUGGGUUUCGCAGAUUUGGAGGGGGACGAUAAUGGUUCCUCAAGGUACGAGCCAUCGGAGGGCGGAAGUUCCUACCCCUCGGAGAACGUCACGGAGAGCACAGAGGUCAAUGAGAUCGAUGGAAAUACUCCGACUCUUAAAGGUGUUGUCCUUCCUGGCAUGGGUCUAUUUGACGCCGCCGAAGAAGAACAACGCCGCAAGAGAAACCAACGCAAGCACCCCGCUGUCUUGAGGCGACUCGCCAUCAACUCAACGUUGGUAAACACCCAGGAAGAUGUUUAUGAUAGUAACUUUUGCUACCAACGAAGUAGGGAUGUCUACGAUGACCCAUCUGCUGGUGAAACAGAGGGUGACGAAGACGACGAUGACCAAGAUAAGAGGCGAAAACGCCGAAACACCCAGGCCCGCGGUACGGCUACUAGGAGCGCGAGAAACUCCACUAGUUCUCAUGAGUCACGUCUCAUACGUGCUACACGAGCGACGGCUCAAGCUGCUGCACAACAACUUGGCUUUGUGGGCGGUGCUAACUCGCCUACGCACACUCGAGCAUUAGACUCCGGAGGAAGGAUGGCUGGAUCCGCUAUGGGUCAUAGUUCGAUGUCGCAUGAACAGCUACCCUUACACAAUCAUGGGUUUCAAGGAGGAAUGGAUAUGUACCAUGAUCCUAUGGGUGUGCAUAGUGGAAUAGGUUGGGCAUAUCCCCAGGCCUUCGCCGGGGCGUAUCCGGCUGACUUCGAUGCACAGGAACAGGUCCUAGACCCGAUGCUUCGGGAAGACGCAGACGGCAGUGAGUUCUUGCCGAUGCCACAAGCCCCUACAUCCGUGUCCUAUGGGCUCACUAUGUAUGACAGCCAGGACCGCUUGCCAGGUCUCGCGUUACGGCCUGGAAACCCGAACCUUUCGUUUGCAUCGUCGGCCGGUAGCCUCGAACGAUCUUCCGCUUCACGUUUCCCGGGUAAAGAGAACGACAGUUUGCCGGGAAAACCGGUGAAUGCCUCUUCGAACCCGUACUUGCAGCCUACCUCCACUCAUGGAGAGAGCUACAACCCGCUUUACGUCCAGCCCCAAGAAGGGACCGGGUUUCGCAUGUAUACGUCGUAUGAUGACGAAGUGAAGCCGGGAAGAUCUGGCUUCCAACCUAUCAAUGGUCAUGGUGGAUUCAACGCUUUGCAGGUGCCGUCAUCCCACAACAAUGACUACUCGUCAAACCAAGACAACGGCACCACCGAUUUCGACAUUUAGACAUUGCAGUCCUUCGAUAUUUGUUACUCGAAUUGGUUCCUCAGCAUGGCAAUAUAUCGUCUCGAAUCUCAGAUUAUAAGGAACCUAGACUUUUGCACACGAAUGAGUAACUCCAGGACAGCCGCCGAACUAAUUCGGGCAUUUAUUUAGUUUGUGGCUCAAUUAGUACUUCCUCACGCCGACACCUUCACUUUCUCAACGACU